AUGCCUCCUACUUACUUCCCACUUGCGACGGCGGGCGGGCGCAACGCGGGAUGCGAACAUGGCAGAGCCUGGUCCUUUUGUCGUCACCGUCGCCCAAGCCGUGUGCGUGGUGCUAGCCCGCUGCCCGCUGUACCGCCACGAGGUCCCACAUGUCCCUCUGCACAUGCUACCCAACCGGCGAGUGCGCCGAGCCCAAGCAAAUUCUGCGACAGAACAGGACAGGACAGGAUAGGACAGGACAGCAUCCACGCCUACGCUACGCUACCCUACGCUACACUACCCUACGCCCUCCCUCGCUCUGCUGCAUCCGCCGCGAAACAAAAUCGACGUGGCCACUCCUCGCCGCCCAAGCUGCAGCCAUGCCGCGCUAUCAGGACCCUCUUCCUCCACGUUCCCCUUCCCCUUCCCCCUCCCCCCCCCAUAACCCCGAUCCACGCGCCCUUCCUUCACCACGCGCGCCUCGCCUCUGCAUCCGUCCGUGGCAGCACAUGCACCCCUGUCGGCAAGAUCCCGUCGCCUUCGCCUUCACCAUUGCCAUACUCUGCUAGCCCCGUGCCUGUCGUGCCGGGGGCCCUCCUCGCAGAUCGCCAGUGA